AUGUUGGCCACGCCUUCGCCGAUAGGCCACGCCCACGAAACUGAACCUGCCAGAUAUAUAAGAAGAGUACAAAUAGUUUGGGAUCCGUACGGCGAAUCUGUUCGCAACGUGCGCAGAUAUUAUACUCUUCUUUUAUCUAUGGUGCGCAGACUAGCUUAUUGCAAGCAACAGCAAGCAGGAUUCGCCGUGCGCGUUCGUGCAGUGGAGCGAGCCAUUAAAUUAUCAAAUGCUUGUGAUAGUUUGAAAAAUUGCAAUUCAACCAAUGUAGAUCAAUCAUACAUAGAAGUUAAAUAUAGUUCAAAAAUUGUUCAAAAUGAGUACAUUGUUGUUUUCAGUGGUUAUUAUAAAAGUGCUUCUCGUGCUAAAUACAUAAAUGCUGCUUUAAGUUCCACUAAUGUGAAAGACUGGUUAAUUAUAGAACGUAACAAUGCUGCUAGUGAUUAUCCAAGCGAUUUUGAUGUAGUUAAAAUAAAUGAAACUUCUUUACUGGAUGGUCUUAAAGCUUUAAAUAAACAUCCAUCAAUUAAACGAGUUACAUCACAACAUAUGGUGUAUCGGACUCUUAAAUUAGUUACACAAAAAGAAAAUGGGAAAAAGAGCAUAAUUGAGUUAAAUGAGCGCAGUGAAAAUGAUUUGUUUAAUAUAUCUAAAAAAUCGCCACAAAAUGAAACACAAGAACAAGAAAAUGAAUUCAAUAGUGUGAAUGAAGAUGAUUGUUAUGGUGAUAAUUGUCAUUAUAAUAUUUGGAGAAGCAAUAGAAGAGGGAGGUCUAGUUUAGCAUAUAAUAAUUUUUUGAAUAAUCAGGUAAAUCCAGCGAGGCAUAAUGUAAGGAGACUUUUAAGAGCAGCACCACGACAAAUUACUUCAGUAUUGCAAGCAGACAUACUUUGGAAAGCAGGCUUGACUGGAAAAGGCGUGCGAGUGGCAGUGUUUGAUACUGGUCUUUCAUCAUCUCACCCCCAUUUGGCUUCAGUUAUUCGGGAACGCACGGACUGGACGGAUGAUCAUACGCUUGAUGACUCGGUGGGACAUGGCACAUUUGUUGCUGGAAUCAUUGCGGGCUCAGGCAAUGAUUGCGCUGGUUUUGCACAACAGGCGGAUCUAUACGUUUUCAGAGUCUUCACCAAUAAACAAGUUUCAUAUACAUCAUGGUUUCUAGAUGCUUUCAACUAUGCAAUAUUGAAAAAAAUAAAUGUGCUGAAUCUCAGUAUUGGGGGUCCCGAUUUUAUGGACCAUCCAUUUGUGGAUAAAGUGUGGGAGCUAUCUGCAAACAAGGUAAUAAUGGUAAGCGCCAUAGGAAAUGAUGGUCCCUUAUAUGGAACACUUAAUAACCCAGCAGAUCAAAUGGACGUUAUAGGUGUAGGAGGGAUAAAUUUUGAGGAUCAAGUGGCCAAAUUUUCAUCACGCGGUAUGACAACUUGGGAGCUACCACAGGGUUAUGGCAGAAUGAAACCAGACGUUGUUACGUAUGGCACUGGUGUCAGAGGUUCCAGCAUCAAAGGUGGAUGUAGAUCACUGUCUGGUACAAGUGUUGCUUCACCAGUUGUAGCUGGCGCUGUAACAUUGCUUGCAAGUGGUUUUCUUAAAGAUAAUAGAGAUAUAAUAAAUCCAGCAACUAUGAAGCAAGCAUUGGUUUUAUCUGCAAAAAGAUUACGACAUGGGAAUAUGUUUGAGCAGGGGCACGGCAAGUUAAAUUUAGUGAAAGCUUAUCAAUUUCUUAAGAACUAUGUACCUCGGGCAACUCUUAGUCCUAGUUACAUCGAUUUGACCGAAUGUCCUUAUAUGUGGCCCUAUUGCACUCAACCGCUGUAUUACGGCGCCAUGCCUACUAUUGUGAAUGUUACCAUUUUAAAUGGUAUGGGUGUUACCGGCCAAGUGGUGGAAGGACCAACAUGGCAUCCAUACACCUCUCAAAAUGGUCUCAUAUUGAAUAUUUCUCUCACUCAUUCCAAUGUGCUUUGGCCAUGGUCAGGAUGGUUGUCUGUCACAUUUUCCGUAUCUCCUGAAGGAAUUGAUUUUUCGGGACAUUGUCGAGGACAUAUAAGCCUGACUAUUCAAAGUCCACCAGGAAUUGGUGAAAAAUAUCCUAGAAAUAGCACCAUUACGCUUCCAGUUACUGCAAAUGUUAUACCUACGCCCCCAAGACACAAGAGAUUGUUAUGGGAUCAGUUUCAUAGCUUGCGUUAUCCCCCUGGUUAUUUUCCUAAAGACAAUUUGAAGAUAAAAACUGAUCCAUUAGAUUGGAAUGGUGAUCAUAUUCAUACAAAUUUUAAAGAAAUGUAUCAAAGUUUGAGAAAUAAGGGUUACUAUGUUGAAGUUUUAGGGGAGCCCUUCACGUGUUUUAAUGCUUCAAAUUACGGAACAAUGCUGUUAGUUGAUCCAGAGGAAGAAUUUUUUCCAGAAGAAUUAGAAAAACUGCGGAAGGAUGUUGAAAAUGGUUUAUCUCUCGCCAUUUUUGCUGAUUGGUAUAAUGUUUCAGUAAUGAGAAAAGUUCAGUUUUAUGAUGAAAAUACAAGACAAUGGUGGACUCCAGAUACUGGUGGAGCCAACAUUCCCGCAUUAAAUAAUCUCUUAAGUAACUGGAAUGUGACAUUGGGAGACACAGUGUAUCAUGGCUACUUUAAAUUAGGUGAUCAUAAUAUGUAUUAUGCGAGUGGUACUAGUAUUAUUAAUUUUCCAUUGGAUUCAGGAGUAGUUGUAACAAGUUCUUUGAUAGAUCAAGGUCAAGCGGUAUUGUUAUCUGAGAAGUUUAUCAAAGAUGAGACUAAAGAUGUUGCUGUCAUACUAGGUUUAAUGCAGACACAAGUGUUAAAUAGGACCGACUCGAAAACUAACAGUGAUAUCAUCCCAGGAAGACUUGUAGUCUACGGAGAUUCAAGUUGUCUUGAUACAAGUCACAUUGAAAUUCCUUGCUUUUGGCUGUUAGAUGCCAUACUUGAAUACACAACUUCUGGUUACCUGCCGAAUAUCUUUCUAAACAACAUUCCUGAUCAGACACAAGAUUUAUUUGAUAUUUCUUUUGAAAAGCCAACACGCCUGGAAACAUCACGAAUGAAGACCUUCAGCAAAGUUUUAAAAAACUCUAUCUCUUCUGAUGAUAAUUCUGAAGUUUACUCACCAUUACCCACGUGCGCUAGUAGAGUAUGGAAUUUUGCGAAACCAUUAGAUCCGAUCCUGGAGCCGAAUCUCAUAAAGUACAAAAUUUACUAGAGACGACAAUGGUGCAUAUGGAACAGGCUAAAGGUGACAUAAGAAGAAUAUUUUGAUGAAAUGGAAGAUGGUAAUUUUUGGACUUGGCGUGGAUCUAGAGUUGCUUCCAGCAAACAAGAGGGCA